AUGAACGAAGACGUGGAUAUGGAUGCUCCCCAAAUAUCUACAUUGCGUGAAGAGGAGACCCCAGAGCCACAACCAGCGCGCACUUCAAAAUUCCGGGUCAAAUUACUUGUAAAUGAAGGCAAGCGAUCUGGCUCUUCUACCCGCAAAGAGGUUCGGGGAAGGAGCGAAGACGAAGAAGAUGAAGAAGACGAGGAAGAGGACCAGCUCAUUGAUGAUGAUGACGACGACGACGUCUCUCAACCCAUUCCCACUCCUGUUAUACCUAUUGUCCCAUCACUAACUUCACGAGGAUCGCCCUCCAAACGUGGUGGGAGGGGAAGAGGGGGUCGGCGAAAGGUAGCAGGAAGAGCGGAGUUGACGACGCCGGCAACAACGCUGAGUCCACAUGGCGAAAUACUGGAUGUAUCUAUUGCGGGUAGCAGCACGCCUUUAGUCACUCAGACCAUAACCAAAAAGAGGGGAGGAGCUGGCAAAGCUGUCACAGCACAGCGAGCCAUCAAAAGAAAACCCUCUAAAACAGCUAAGACGGGUAUCAUCGUACAAAGAGAUGAUGCGGAGAGCGUUAUCAGCGAAGGAACUGCAGCUUCCUCGCCGAUGCCACAUGAAGAACGUACACCAGAGCCCGAUAUUCCUAUCCCGUCUAUGGCACCGGUAGUUCCAGCGGAGGAGGGUGGGCUAGACGGCGUCCCGCUUCCUGUCUACCCUCUUCCAUCGAAGCCGUUUCCUGUGCAACCCCCUCCUAAAAUUGGUACUGGAUUUGCACCCGUCAUGCCUCUCGACAAAAGUGGCAAACCAGUGCGACGUUGGCGUCAGGUAAACCGUGAGGUGCGCGGCAUAGCCGGUGGUCGGUGGUUCACAAGGACUUGGGCAGGGGAGAAGGAGUCUGAGUUCGCGUCCGCUCAGGUUGCUGCGUCGCAAGCGCUUGUUCAGGCAGCUCAGUUGGCCACCGAACGAGAACACGCGUCGGCUGCAGCAUUAGCUGCGGCAGGCAUUACUUACCCACCGAAACUCGCCGCCCUUUCUGCUGCACCGUCUGGACGAGGUGCUAAGACAAAGGUCACAAAGAUUGAUGGAACACCGUCCAGUACUGUUCCUGCUUCUCGUGCAGACUCGGCGGUGCCUGAGAGCGCAUCUGCGCAUUCCGUUAAGAGGCGAGGUAGUGCGUUGGUCGCAGCAGAGGCUUCCGUCGUAUCCACAUCAGCCGUAUAA